AUGAAUAUGAUGUGCUGUUUAUUGUGCUAUGAGAACGUUGAUUCUCAUCCGAACCUAUUUUUUGAAUGUAAGUACUCAACUCAAGUGUGGCUUAAAGUUAGAGACCGGGUUGGGAUGAGUUCUGUUUCGCCGAGAUGGACGGAUAUUGUUCAAUGGCUUUGUAAUCAUGAUCAUCAAAGAAGGGCCGAUACUUAUGUGGCUAAACUACUUGUAGCGGCUGCAGCGUAUAGUAUUUGGCAAGAGAGGAAUGCCAAGCUAUUUAAAAAUCAGUUAAGACCUCCUGAGAUGGUUAGUGAUGUAAUCAUAAAUAUAGUGCGAUACAAGUUGAUGGGAGCUAAGCUGAAGAAUACCAUUAGGGUGCGUAACCUUCUUAGAGAAUGGGAGAUUCAGACGGAAGAUAAGGAUGACGAUGGGGGCUGA